UACAGAAGUAGCGAAAAGAGAUGGCAUCGGAAAAUUCUGGUUUUGAACAACCUCAAAAUGUGGCAGGGAAAUAGUAAAUUUCAUAUUAAUGAAGAGAGAGCACAAUCAUGGUUACGUGAACCACAUUGCAAUGCCAGCAAGAUAAAGAACAACCUGAAAUCGAUUAUCCUCAGGCGCCAAAACCAGAGAUGAAAAGAGGGAGAAUAGGAAAGUUAGAUACUAUUCUCUCAUUCACCAGACAACGAUCCACUCAGAUUUUCAUGGUUCUUGGCUUCUUCUACAUUCUUGUCGUCUUCCUCGAGAUACCCUUCGUCUUCAGAACCGCUCAAGAACGACCGUUUCGCCUCCCGCCGCUCGUUCGGCCCCCAAACGGCGUCGUCUCGGGUUUGACCCUAAACGAUGCCGCAUUUGAUUCCUUCCUCUACCAAUCCGCCUGCCGCGCCGGCAGGGUUCUUUGGGCCGAACUUGAAUCAGGUAACGUGCAGGCCCCUGUUUCCAAGCUCGAUAACAAAUCCAGGCCAUGCCCCGAAUCCAUAUCGGUAUCUGGGCCCGAGUUUUUUAGCCGCGGGAGGUCGAUGGUGAUUCCCUGUGGACUCACGUUAGGGUCCCAUGUAACCGUGGUUGGGGAGCCGUUAAGAGCGCAAAGGAAGAAGUGUCAGUUUAUGAUGGAGUUGCAGGGGCUGACGACGGUAGAGGGUGAAGAACCACCUAGGGUCUUACAUUUCAAUCCUAGGUUGAAAGGGGAUUGGAGUGGAAAGCCUGUGAUUGAACUAAACACUUGUUACCGCAUGCAUUGGGGUACUGCAAUGCGCUGUGAUGGUUGGAAAUCCAGAGCUGGUGAAGAUACUGUUGAUGGGUUGGUGAAAUGUGAGAAGUGGAUUCGAGGUGAUGAUGGUGACAGACAUGCAGUUGAGUCCAAGGCAGAGUGGUGGUUGAAGAGAUUGAUUGGUCGGACAAAACGAGUAGCAGUUGAUUGGCCAUUUCCAUUUUCUGUGAACAAGCUAUUUGUUCUUACUCUCAGUGCUGGGUUGGAGGGUUACCAUGUUUAUGUUGAUGGGAGGCAUGUCACCUCUUUUCCUUAUCGCACUGGCUUUACUCUUGAGGAUGCCACUGGUCUGAUUUUGAGCGGGGACAUUAGUGUUCGUUCUGUAUUUGCUGCCUCUUUGCCCUUGGUGCAUCCCAACAUUUCCUCGCAGCAGCAUCUUGAAUUUUCAACCAGAUGGCGUGCCCCAAGUCUUCCUCACUAUGGCGUGGAAUUGUUUAUUGGGAUCCUUUCAGCCGGAAACCAUUUUGCUGAGCGGAUGGCUGUGAGGAAGUCAUGGAUGCAGCAUAACUCAAUCCAAUCUUCAAAAGUGGUGGCUCGCUUCUUUGUAGCACUGCACCCGAGGAAGGAAAUUAACGUGGAGUUGAAGAAGGAGGCAGAAUAUUUUGGUGAUAUUGUUAUAGUUCCUUACGUGGAUAACUAUGACCUUGUUGUGCUGAAAACGGUGGCCAUCUGUGAAUACGGGGUACGCACAGUUUCUGCGGACUAUAUCAUGAAGGGAGAUGAUGACACUUUUAUAAAAGUUGAUGAUGUUAUGACUCGAGUAAGGAAUGUUCCAUAUUCUAUGAGCUUUUAUAUCGGGAACAUCAAUUACCGCCACAGACCCAUGCGCCAUGGUAAAUGGGCCGUGACAUAUGAGGAGUGGCCAGAAGAGGAAUACCCACCCUAUGCUAAUGGACCGGGUUAUAUUUUGUCUUCUGAUAUUGCAAGCUACAUAGUAUCUGAAUUCGAGGUGCAUAAAUUAAGGUUGUUUAAAAUGGAAGAUGUGAGUAUGGGAAUGUGGGUAGAACAAUUUAACAGAACGAAACCAGUAUACUAUUUUCAUAGCUUGAGGUUCUGCCAGUAUGGUUGUGUAGAAGGCUAUGUCACUGCCCAUUACCAAUCGCCUAGGCAGAUGAUGUGCCUGUGGGAAAAAUUGCAGAUGCAGACAAUUCCUGAGUGCUGCAACAUGAGAUAACGUUGUUGGUUGCCAUCUUUGAAUUCAGCGAGGAACAGAGAAAAGUUUUGCAGUCAUAGCUUAGAUUCAAUAUUGUAUAUAUAGUGAUGGUUAGUUAACUGUAGUCCUGUAUAAAUGUGGCCUUUUUAAAUUUCAUUAUUUAUUUUAGAUAGCGAAUUCCAUUAUUUAGGUUACUCGAUUCUAUCUUCUUCCUUUAAGUGUUGUUUCAGCGUGGGAUGGGAAGAUCAACGUGAGAAUUGAGUGAGUGGGGAUAUCAUUUUUAGGAUUACGGGAACAUGCUCUUACAUAUAUACAAUUGCUCACAUUUUUUUAUAUCUUA